AUGUUGCAGCCGUUCCGAGCCUACUCGCCAGCGUGCCCGAAGGAGAUCCCCUAUGCGAUACCCAAGUGUGUAUUCCCCCCUCUUCCCUGCUCGCCCAUCGCUCUCCUCACAUCCUCCUAUAUUCAGAUGUCGCAGCCGUUCCGAGCCAACUCACCAGCGUGCCCGAAGGAGAUUCCUGAAGUGGGCACAGACAUCAUCUGCCCUCUCAUCCACGUCUACCGCUCCUACGGCAUUCAGAUCGUCAAGGUGAGUCUGUCUGUAACGAGUACAGAGGCUGACAAUGCUCCUGUGGUGUUCCAACCAUUGCGCCCUCUCAUCCUCAUAGGCUACACGUUUGGUCGGGUCGAUAUGCUUCGGACCAUGCACAGCCGCAUUGACAGCAUGAAGAUGACGGCAGUGUCGGACUUCAAGAGGGGCAACGGAGUCAUCCGUGUGAUGCUGUCGGGGUAUGGACCGCUGCUGUACGGUGGGUGUUGGUACCUCUUACUUGCUGUCACGUGUACAUUACCAGUCACAGGUGAUGCUGUGCGGUGUGAAUACGGGCCUCUGCUGGUGUGCUGCCAGGUCUACGUCAUAAAUAAUGAGAUUCAAGUGCGGUAUGGCAUCCCGUGCUUGCGUGCUGCUGCGCGGCUGCAUUUACAUCACGAACAAGAACAUCUAUGGCACGAGCCUUUGUUGUCUGGUUGUGGUGCAUUGGAGCAUUGUUUAAAAACAAUCAAGUGCGUAACUUCGUGCCUGCUGCCCUCACCCUGUGCGCUCUAUCACCUCUCCACACCCAUCUCUGCUGUUCUUCCCUCCCCUUUAGGCGCGUACAUGCCAGUGCUGCUACACGUGGGCGCGGUGGGAGCAGUGGUCAGGAACAAUUACGUGCAUGACUUUGUAUUUGCUGGAAUCACGUGUGGCAACAUGGUUCACUCGCAGGGCGACUGCAUGCUGAGCACCAUUUCAAACAACCUCGUUGUGGCAGCAGGGCGGAACCUCACAGGGGGUUGGGACGCCACGGGGAUAUACUUUGUAACGCACUGGAAUAACCCGGGUAAUUUGGCGGAGUGCAACUACAUAAUCGGGGGUGACCACUGCUACUACCUGGACUAUGCCAGCUCGGGUGUGACUAUACGCGGAGGGGCUUGUAUCGGGACGGUGGAUGGCAUGAAGGUCAACAACGGGAAAUGGAACUGCAUAGAGCACGUGGUGAUGAAGGGCACGGAGGGCACGCCAGGGUGGUGCACGUGCCUCACUGCCACGGUGUGCAAUUGCCUCAAAGAUCCCGGCAACUACUGGGACCGCAUGCGGGCCAAGUACUACAGCAGUGCCGCGUUUCAGCAGAAAUGGCCAUGGAUGAAGAGCAUCUGUAACGAGACCGCUAUUAACGGGGUUACGUGUAACACAAACGCGGCAGGCACAUUAAAAGAUACGGACACAGGCAAGUGCAGCGGGCUGCCCACAAAUAAUUACAUCGACCUGGUGUUGGUCGACGUGAAAGAUGCGGAGUUGAAUUACCGUUACUGCGAGGGGAAGCUGCCCAACGCACCCAAAUUAAAUACGCAUCAGCACAUCAACGUAACCGCUCACUCAGCAAAAUUCUUCUAUUAUGGCAGCAACGACCUGGGCGUCAUGAAGGGUUCGCCUAUUUUCAAGAAGCGACCAGGAUUCAAAAGUUGCCCUAGGAGAAAUGUUGGGCCCAAGAAGUGGUCGUUGUUGUGUCGUUAUUCCUGGUUACUGGCGCGAUCCUUCGCCAUGCGUCGUUACCUCCUUCCCCUCUUCGCCCGUUUCGUCAACUUCGCCACGCGGCUCGUCGACGCGCUCUGCGGCUUCCUCUUCCUCCCGCCGCUCGCGACGCGCCUGCUGCAGUGGCUGCUCCCGUUAGAGGAACGCGCCGUGCUGCGCGCCGCGUACAAGGCCACGGGGCUUCGUGACUAUGGCGAGGGGACGUUCCUGACGGGCCUGCGGCUUCUAUUGAAGGGGCUCGAAGAGGAAGCGAGGCUGAGCGCGUUUGGGAGGAUUCUUAUAUGGAACGAUGUGCAGCGUCUGCUGCGCUACCGGUUACAGCUGGAGGAUACGAGGAGGCGACACCCGGAGAUAGAGGAGGAGAAGAUUGAGGCCCCUGUGUUCAUAUUGGGUCUGCCCCGCACAGGCACCACCUUCCUCUUCAACCUGCUCGCCCUUGCCUUUCCCCCUCUUCUGUUCCUUCCGUCUCCUAUCCCCGUUAUAAGCAGGCCCAGUGUCCAUUUUGGGUCUGCCCCGCACAGGAACGACCUUCCUCUUCAACCUCCUGGCCGUCGACACAUAGCUCUUCUGCCUCCUCCUUCUUGCCCUUCCUAUCCCCGUUAUAAGCAGGCCCCUGUAUUCAUCCUCGGCUUACCCCGCACAGGCACCACUUUCCUCUUCAACCAGCUCGCCCUCGACUCAUCGCUCUUCCGCUCGCCCCUCACAUGGGAGGUGCAUCACAUGCACCCUCCCCCAGACUCCACCUGCUAUGACACCGAUAAGCGCAUCGGAGAGACUGAGGCCUUUCUGGAAGGGGUCUCCGCACUGCUGCCUUCCUUCCAGGCCUUGCAUCCCGUGACAGCAACAGGACCACAGGAAUGCAUGGGGCUUAUGAUUGUAUUUUCAACACUCAUCUCCCCUCUAUCUUCCCCUCCUAUCUUCCCCUCCUAUCUUCCCCUCCUAUCUUCCCCUCCUAUCUUCCCCUCCUAUCUUCCCCUCCUAUCUUCCCCUCCUAUCUUCCCCUCCUAUCUUCCCCUCCUAUCUUCCCCUCCUAUCUUCCCCUCCUAUCUUCCCCUCCUAUCUCCCCUCCUAUCUUCCCCUCCUAUCUUCCCCUCCUAUCUUCCCCUCCUAUCUUCCCCUCCUAUCUUCCCCUCCUAUCUUCCCCUCCUAUCUUCCCCUCCUAUCUUCCCCUCCUAUCUUCCCCUCCUAUCUUCCCUCCUAUCUUCCCCUCCUAUCUUCCCCUCCUAUCUUCCCUCCUAUCUUCCCCUCCUAUCUUCCCCUCCUAUCUUCCCCUCCUAUCUUCCCCUCCUAUCUUCCCCUCCUAUCUUCCCCUCCUAUCUUCCCCUCCUAUCUUCCCCUCCUAUCUUCCCCUCCUAUCUUCCCCUCCUAUCUUCCCCUCCUAUCUUCCCCUCCUAUCUUCCCCUCCUAUCUUCCCCUCCUAUCUUCCCCUCCUAUCUUCCCCUCCUAUCUUCCCCUCCUAUCUUCCCCUCCUAUCUUCCCCUCCUAUCUUCCCCUCCUAUCUUCCCCUCCUAUCUUCCCCUCCUAUCUUCCCCUCCUAUCUUCCCCUCCUAUCUUCCCCUCCUAUCUUCCCCUCCUAUCUUCCCCGUGCCAUGCCUCACCAGGUACGACUUCACCUCCUUCGCCUUCCCCACCAUCCACUUCAACAUCCCCUCGCCUCCCGCGCUCCUCCUUCCCUUUCUCCUCCAUCCCUCCCCUCUCGCCCUUCUCUCUUCCCUCUCCCCCUCCCCUCUCCGCCCCCCACCAACAGGUACGAUUUCACCUCCUUCGCCUUCCCCACCAUCCACUUCAACAUCCCCUCCUACUUCCGAUGGUACCUCUCUUCCGACCUCACCCCACCUACCGCCUCCUGCGCUGGCAGCUGCAGUACCUGCAGUGGCGAGGCCCUAA